GCCCGGGCGGAGCCGCUCCGAGCCGAGCCGGGCCGGGCCGGGCCGGGCUCCCCGGGCUCAUGCAGGGCUCGGCGAGGCGGAGGCCGUUCCCGGCGGCGGCCCCGGGCUCCCCGCAGCCCCCCGGGACGAUCUACCCGGGCAGGCAUGGAGCUGGCAAGACCGAGGACACCUUCAAGACCUCCCAGUUUCACCUCGAUCUCUGGUUCUACUUCACGCUGCAGAACUGGGUGCUGGACUUCGGCCGGCCCAUCGCUAUGAUAAUCCUGCCUUUGGAGUGGUUUCCUCUAAACAAACCGAGUGCUGGAGACUAUUUUCACAUGGCUUACAACGUUAUCACACCAUUUCUUCUGCUAAAGCUCAUCGAACGCUCCCCUAAGACCUUGCCCCGCUCCAUGGUGUAUGUCAGCAUCAUCAUGUUCGUCAUGGGCGCAAGCAUCCACCUGGUUGGGGACUCCGUAAACCAUCGCCUGAUUUUCAGCGGCUACCAGCACCAUCUGUCUGUAAGGGAGAACCCCAUCAUCAAGAACCUGAAGCCAGAGACGCUGAUUGAUUCCUUUGAGCUGCUGUACUACUACGAUGAGUAUUUAGGUCACUCGAUGUGGUACAUCCCUUUCUUUCUGAUCCUGUUCAUAUAUUUCACCGGCUGCUUCACUCCUGUUGAAGAUGAGAGCAGGAUGCCGGUGGCUGCCUUGCUUCUGAUGGGGCCGAGCAGCCUUUAUUACUGGUAUCUCGUGACAGAGGGGCAGAUCUUCAUCCUCUACAUUUUCACUUUCUUUGCCAUGAUGGCUUUGGUGAUGCACCAGAAACGCAAAGGACUCGUCCUGGACAGCAAUGGGCUCUUUCUCUUCUACUCGUUCAUCAUAACGCUGGUCCUCAUUGCUGUCUGGGUGAUUUGGCUGUGGAACGACAAAAUCCUCAGGAAGAAGUACCCUGGCGUGAUCUAUAUCCCCGAGCCAUGGGCAUUUUACACCCUGCACAUGAACAACCUCCACGCAGGAAAGGAAAGUUUCUAAGUUUUGAUAUUUCUGAGUGAUUCAAAGAAAAAUAGUUUUUCUAAUGUAGAGGCAUUUCAAAUAAAUUCCUUGACUGACAUAGGUGCAAGGCAUGUCCUGUGUUACCCAGACCCAGCUAAGGAAGGGAGGUUUUGCUACAAGCCCCCAGGCACAAAGGGCUGAUCCUGCAGGUCCCCUACGCCCCCCCCGGUAGCAUCAUUUUCUGUACCCGCUCACUACUCAGGUGAUGGAGCUGAGCUCCUCCAACCCAGGCUGAACCCCUGUAACAGUUCAUGUCCACAAAGUCUGUAUCAAGCCCUGGUGUGACAGAACCCAAGCGGUUAAAAACAAAAAAUUAACAGCAAAACAGACUGAAUAAAAACCUUUGAUAA